AUGGUGUCCCAGUACCUGGGCGACAGAAGCGUGGGAAUUUACCUGGUGGAACACAGCCGCAGCUAUGAUCCGGAUGCGGCACGGGCCGUGGCGAUGUACAAAGAGGGCCUGCAGCUCAACCUCGGGGACUGCUCCGAGUCCCUCGCGAUCGACACCAACGACCGCGACAACUGGCCGGACAUGAUUGACUGGCUGCACGGCAAGCUUGCCGAAUUCCGGCGCGUGAUCGAGCGAUACUCCACCGGGGCGGUGGACGAGAUCGCGGAGUACGAGCCGGCAGAGAUCGAGUAG